AUGUCCGAAGGCUCACAUUCAGAGAAGCCCAAAACGGGCGGCGAAUCGCCAACAACAGCACGCGAACUCGACUUUGACGAUGACGACCACCACGAAAGCAGCCCUCUCAAGAGUCCCACUCCUAAGCAGGUCAGCUUCGUCGAGGUCCAAGACGAAGAUGCUCCGACCAAGCCUGCUCGUCCCUUGAGCCCUCAGGCCCAGAGUGAGAAGACGCUCAAGGAGGCCUUUCCCACAAUCGACUCCAAGGUCAUCAGAGCUGUUUUGGUCGCCAGCGGUGGAAGCGUCGAGCCUGCAUUCAAUGCUCUGUUAGCCAUGUCCGACCCAGACUUCAAGCCUGAGGAAGCUCCACCACCGCGCCCUCCAAGGCCUACCCAGGCGCAGCGCCAGCUCGAUGCCGACGAGCAGUACGCCCGCCAACUUGCCCAGCACUUUCAGACAGAGUCGCGUCCUCAGCGCACCAGACGAGACGAUGAUGAUCGCGGCCCGCCGCUUCCUACUCGUCCGAGGCAGCAGCGUCCGGGCGGUGCAGAGGAAGACAGAGAAUACAACUUCUUCGAUGAUGAACUUCCCCAGAUCAAGGAGAAUGUCCGCAAAGGUUUCUUGGAAACACAAACAAAGGUCAACAGGUGGAUCACCGACUUCAGAAAGAAGCUGGACGGAGAUGACAACGACGACCCGUAUGAGGGUCCUACCAGGCAGGACAGCCCUCCUCGCAGACAAAAUUACGGCCCUUCGCAGUCGGAACAGCUCUAUGGCAUUCGCAGAUCAGCCGAUGUGAGCAGGAAGAGCACCGACAAGGAUCGCUACGACCUGGACAACCGCGUUCUAGACGAUGACUUUACUGCCCUGGAGCUUCGUGACGACGAAGCUCAACCUCGUGCUUCGUCUUCGCGCAAUCGUCCUCUGGCCAACCCUGAUCUCUACAAGCCUAACGUCGCUCCUCCCCAGUCCGGUCCAGUCGAUGAAGUGGAUGCCAUAGACCGAAGGAACCAACGCCAGCCAUCUCCUGGUGCUGCCUCCAAGUCAGCCAAAUGGCAGCCCCUCACCUCGAUCGCGCCUAAUCCCGAGUCGGAAGAGAACGACCCUUUCAGCUUGGGCGACAGUGAUGACGAGAAGGAGACGAAGACAAAGGAUAUCAGAGAGUCUGACACUGCGCGUCUGAAAGAGGCUGCUCGUAAGAGUGUGACAGCUGAAUCUGCAGAUGCUCCUCCUAAGGGUCUUCAACCUAGCGAGAGAUCUGGAAGCAGCGACGUGAGAGACAAGGAUGCUGAGGCUCUGUUGAAGGGCAAGAAGCCUGCUUAA